AUGAAAAGUUGUUAUACUGAAAAUUUAACUAAGCGUCUAGCUAUUUAUUUGAAUAAAUCAAGAGCUUUGAAUUUAUUUUUAGAUGAAAAUCUUAAGGGAGUAAGCAAACACAAAAACGGGAAUGCAAAAGACGGCAAAGACCAAAAACGUUUGGGUUUGCUACAUGCUGAAAUCCUAUACAAAUCUCCUUACGUUGUUGUUCUGAGUACCUCUUUAGCAUUCAACAUACGUGACAACAUUCGUUGA